AUGUCCGGGGCAUACCCCGAGCAUCUGGAUGACCUCGAGAAGUAUACUACAAACGAGGAACGUGAUCGUGUAUCUCCUCUCCCUCUACCUCCAGCCUACUCCCUCACCGUGGCCGAAUCACAGUCCCUGCUGCCCCGCGAUGCGAUGUCUGGAGGACUUUCUGCAAAGCUGCAGAACAAAAAGAGCAAGAACAGCAUGCGAGUUGCAUUCGCAGACAUGCCAGACAUGCCCCGAGAGCUCCCAGAGAUCCCAGACGGAAUCAGCGAGCGGCGCAGACAGCACAUAGAACAGCGUGAUGGCCGAGACCAGACUCCCCCCGUACCACCACGGCCACAGAGCCGAUUGAGAUCCGUUCAGAACGCCCGCUCACAAGAGAAACUCCCCAGUCUUCGAAGUCCACGAAACCUCAACUAUCAGCCUAGCGUCCGGUCAUCAAGAUCCGGCUCUAUCUUCAACGAUGCGCCACAUAUGCCACCCCCCGAAUCAUCCUACAUCCCGUACGGAGUGCACAUGAACGAUGGUUCACCUCAACGACCAUGGACACCUUCAUCACGCAUGUCGGAUUUCACAAGGUCCGACUUCUCGAGGCCCCCUCCAUCAAACGACAUGUAUGAGCCAUCUGAUCUCAAUGGAAGUCCUCGACCAGGGACCCCUUCUUCCAGAUAUGGCGGCAGCCCACGGCGGCCACUCCCUCCAGCACCGCUCUUCUCAACAAACAACAACUCCAGAAAUAUCCCACCUUUUGCAGACGAUGCGACGGUGUCUAUUCCCCUGCACAGUGAUAUAGAUGACGAUGUGUUUGGACCUGAAUCAGACCUCAGCGACGCGAGGCCUCACCCCGUGGACCGGGCCUCAUACCUUUCAUCUGAUUCUCAAAGUACACUACACGAGACACACUCAGACUACGACAAGUUUGAGCACUAUGGCCCGGCUCCAGAUGGCGCCCAAGAACGACGAGGUGUUCGCGCACCCCAAAUGUCGAGGAAGGAAGUGCAGCUCAUCAACGGUGAGCUGGUGCUGGAGUGCAAGAUUCCCACCAUUCUCUACAGUUUCUUGCCACGACGAGGCGAGGUUGAAUUCACCCAUAUGCGAUACACAGCUGUGACAUGCGAUCCCGACGACUUUGUCGAGAGAGGGUACAAGUUGCGACAGUCGAUUGGAAAGACUCUCCGAGAGACUGAGCUGUUCAUCUGCAUCACCAUGUACAACGAAGAUGAGAUCGGCUUCACUCGCACCAUGUACGCUGUCAUGAAGAACAUCUCACAUUUCUGCUCCCGGUCUCGAUCCCGUACCUGGGGUGAGACGGGGUGGCAGAAGAUUGUGGUCUGUAUCGUGUCAGAUGGCCGUGAAAAGAUUCACCCUCGUACGCUCGACGCCCUUGCUGCCAUGGGUGUCUAUCAGCAUGGUAUCGCAAAGAACUUUGUCAACAACCGAGCCGUUCAGGCGCACGUGUACGAGUACACUACCCAGGUCUCUCUCGAUUCCGAUCUCAAGUUCAAGGGUGCCGAGAAGGGCAUUGUUCCUUGCCAGAUGAUCUUCUGUCUCAAAGAGAAGAACCAGCGUAAGCUCAACUCGCACCGAUGGUUCUUCAACGCCUUUGGCAAGGCCCUCAACCCCAACGUCUGUAUCCUACUGGAUGUGGGUACUCGUCCUGGUGGCACCUCGCUCUACCAUCUCUGGAAGGCCUUUGAUACCGACUCGAACGUUGCCGGCGCUUGUGGAGAGAUCAAGGCUAUGAAGGGCAAAAUGGGUGCCAACUUCCUGAACCCCCUUGUGGCGUCCCAGAACUUUGAGUACAAGAUGUCCAACAUUCUUGAUAAGCCCCUCGAGUCUGUCUUUGGCUACAUUACUGUGCUUCCCGGUGCUCUCAGUGCCUACCGUUUCCACGCGCUGCAGAACGAUGAGACUGGACAUGGACCCCUCAGCCAGUAUUUCAAGGGUGAAACGUUGCACGGACAACACGCCGAUGUCUUUACAGCCAACAUGUAUCUGGCUGAAGAUCGUAUUCUUUGCUGGGAGUUGGUCGCCAAGCGAGGCGAGAGAUGGGUCUUGAAGUACGUCAAGGGAUGUACUGGUGAGACUGAUGUGCCUGACACGGUCUCGGAACUCAUCUCGCAGCGUCGACGAUGGCUCAACGGUGCCUUCUUUGCCGCUGUCUACUCCCUCGUCCACUUCAAGCAAAUCUGGUUUACGGAUCAUACUGUGUUUCGCAAGGUGCUUCUGCACAUCGAGUUCUUCUACCAGUUCAUCCAGCUUCUCUUCACAUUCUUCUCUCUGGCCAACUUCUACCUCACCUUUUACUUCGUCGCAGGCGGUCUAACAGACCCCAAAGUCGAUCCGUUUGGACACAAUAUCGGCACCGUCAUCUUCCAUAUCCUGCGGUACGCUUGCGUUCUCCUGAUAUCGACGCAGUUCAUUUUGUCCCUCGGCAAUCGACCCCAAGGUUCUAACAAACUGUACCUCUCGAGUAUGAUCAUAUACGGAGUCAUCAUGGUCUACACGACUUUUGCUACGAUUUACAUCAUUGUUCGACAGCUCACGUCAAAGGACGAUGAGAUAGAGAUGGGUAACAACGUCUUUACAAACCUCAUCGUAUCCAUCCUAUCAACCAUAGGAAUGUACUUUAUCAUGUCGAUCAUAUACCUCGAUCCUUGGCACAUGAUCACCUCAGCAGCACAGUACUUCGUCCUGCUCCCCAGUUACAUCUGCACGCUACAGAUUUACGCCUUCUGCAAUACCCACGAUGUUACCUGGGGAACCAAGGGUGACAACGUCAUGAAGACUGACCUUGGUGGUGCCGUUGGUAAGGGUGAAACUGUCGAGUUGGACAUGCCCAGCGAGCAGCUCGACAUUGACAGUGGUUACGAUGAGGCUCUCCGCAACCUCCGUGACCGACUUGAAGUUCCCGAAAACCCCAUGAGCGAAGCCCAGAUGCAGGAAGACUACUACAAGAGUGUCCGCACAUACCUGGUGCUGACCUGGAUGAUUUGCAACGGUAUUCUCGGCAUGGCUGUCUCGGAGAUUUACAGUGCCAAGGGUAUUGGCGAGAACUACUACCUACGCUUCCUCCUCUGGUCUGUCGCUGCCCUGGCCGUCUUCCGUGCCAUUGGUUCUACCACAUUUGCCGUCCUUAACGUCGUCAACAUGAUAGUGGAGGGCCGAGUGCGGUUGAGCCUGAAGGCGCCCCGAUGGAUGGGUGGCCUCAAGGAGAGGUUCAACGACAAGAUGAGCAGCGUAUCGAGUAACUUGCGAAGCUGA